UCAGAGUUGUUUCUGAUGUUCUGUCUUUCCCCCCUUCAGGCAGGAAGACAGACGGACGGCAGGACGGAUACACGGGCGGGGGCUGUGCUAGGCGGCUCGGCGGCAGGCUGGUGGAAGAUGUCGUCCGGAGCCGGCGGGAGGGGAGGGAGGCGGCUCAGGGGGACGGCGGGCGGAGGGAACAGCGGAUACCGAGGUGGAUCCGGAGAGGCCGAAGAGGGCCCAGUGGGGAUCCCUUUCCCAGAGCACAGCGCAGACAUCCUGGGCAGUCUCAACAAGCAGCGGCUCAGUGGCCUGCUCUGCGACGUUCUCCUGGUCACACAGGACCGGGAGUUCCCAGCUCAUCGCUCUGUCCUGGCAUCCUGCAGCACCUACUUCCACAAGCUGUUCACCUCAGGGGCGGCCGCAGAUCAACGCAAUGUCUACAACAUCGACUUUGUGGCGGCAGAGGCUCUGGAAGCGCUGCUGGACUUUGUCUACACGGCCACGCUGACCGUCAGCCACACCAGUGUGGCGGAUAUCCUCGCAGCCGCACAACUUCUGGAGAUCUCACCUGUUCAGGAUGUCUGUACCCACCUGCUGGACACCAAAGUGCUCUCCCCGCCGGCGGGCAUUGAGCAAAGAGAGGGGGAUGAGGAGAGUGGAAGAGGAGGAAGAGAACAGGGAAACCAGGUGCGAGCUCGGGAGUUUUUGGAGUACUUCCAGAGAGGGGCCCACUGGAGCAGCAGCUGCAGCACACCAGAGCUCAGGGACCUGCCUACACACCCGCACUUUAAUCAUGGCAACGGGGGGACCCCCAGCAAUGGGGCGCCCGGUGGCCCUGGCGAGUACUAUUCCCCCCUGGCCCUGGCUUUGGCCCAACGCCCCACACAUGAACAAGAGGAGGAGGAAGAAGAGGACGACGAGGACGAGGACGUGGAGGCGGUGCAAGGCAACGGGAUAAACCUUACGUCAUUUUACUACCCUCCGUCCCAAAAUGGGCACUUCUACCUCACCCCUGAGGUUCGAUCAGGGCACGCAACAGAGGCAGAGGACGGGGCCAGGCAGCUGAUGGCAAGGGACAGAGGCUCAGCCAGUGCCCUCCUGCAGAGGAUGAUGAACUCCAUCGAGAGGCAGAAGGAGUGUGGGGCGGCCGGGGAAGAGCCGGGCGAAGGCGAUGACCCUGAUAUGGAAUUUUACUACAAUUACUUCAACAGCGCGCACUACGAGGACACGCCCUCUGCCGCCGUGACACAAGGAGCAGCACCGCUGUGGCUAUCGCGAGGCAACGCCGGCCAUGACAGGGUUGGCGGAGGGGAAAGGGGAGUGGGGCCGAGGGCCAGCGGGGGAGGUGGAGGGGAGAGGAAGAUGCGCUCUAAGGCCUUUCAGAAGUGCCCCAUAUGCUCCAAGGUCAUUCAAGGAGCAGGCAAGCUACCCCGCCACAUCCGAACACACACGGGAGAGAAACCCUAUGAGUGCGCCAUCUGCAAAGUGCGCUUUACCAGGCAGGACAAGCUCAAGGUCCACAUGCGGAAACACACGGGAGAGAAGCCUUACCUUUGUACGCAAUGCGGGGCCGCCUUCGCUCACAACUACGACCUGAAGAACCACAUGCGCGUUCACACAGGCCUACGGCCCUACCAGUGCUCCAGCUGCUUCAAGACUUUCGUGCGCUCCGACCACCUGCACCGCCACCUCAAGAAGGACGGUUGUAACGGCAUCCCGUCUCGCCGGGGCCGAAAGCCUCGGGUGCAAGAGCCCGGGCUCCUAGAGGCCCAGAUGGGCCUGCUGAGCCCUGGCUCAGACACUAGCCUGGAGCCUCACAUCAUCAAGGAACGGCUCUCUGAAGCACUCAAGUUGGAGGUGGAGGGUGCCCACGCACACAGCCCUCAGCUGCAGGAGGUAGCGGGGGGGGUCGGACCCUGAGACAUGAACUUCAGAAAUGACUGCUGUCACUCUGCUCCACCUGUCCACACAGAGGAGUAAAAAGCGUACAUAAAAAACUAUUCCUCUAUAAACCAAAUCAGGGUGUCUCCAACAAUUUAAUCCUAACAUUUUUUUCUCCUUUCACUUUGGCAAACAAAGUAGAUGUGCAAGCACUUGAGUCGGUUUAAAGCGCAAUGAAUGCUUCUAAUCGCGCUCCCAAGACGUCCACUUUCUGGGACAUUUCUUUCUUAUCAGUGAUUGGGGUUUUAUACAUUGGCAUAAUGUAUAAAGGACACUAAGACACUCUUUAGCAACUAUGCAGUUGAUUUUAAUUUUUAGUUUUUUUUAUUACUUUUGUCCUCACAGCCUUCGAGCUCUGAGCAGGCUGUCGUACGGGUGAAGCGAGGACAAAUCUUUCACAGAGAAAAAAGCUUUUUUUUCCCUAAAUUCUUUUGCAGGUCUAUCGAUGUACAGUUACCAUAGUAACAACGUUGCCAUAAUAUGGCAUAUGCAAGGAAAACUCACCACACUUGUGAUGCAACAGCUUUCUCUGUCUCUCUAUUUCUCGCUUUCUCUUUCUCACUCGCUCUCCAAAUGCUCCAGAAAGAGUCAGACGAGGGUUCGAUUGAAGUGUUACUUACUCGAUAAAGAAAAUGCAUUCUAAGAAAUGAUAGUGGCGAGUCGAAUCCACGUUGGUGGGGGCUCGAGGGUUGCAGGACCAAGCGGCCGGAGGGAUGGUGUUUUUAAAAUGCUCCCACUGCUCUCACAGCCCUGCGAUUUCAGAUCACCCUGUUGAAAUUUGUCUUAAUUUUUGCUUUUUGUUCCCUUUUUUUGUUUUGAGUUGACUGGGUACUUGACACUUUAUAAUUGUAUACGUGUAUAUACAGCAUGUGGCGAUAUGACAUCCCUGUUGACGCUAAGGUGUAUUUAACAUUCUGGCUUCUCCUCGCGGGCUUGAUGUCGUAUUUACGGGCCUGUAUGAAUGUUUGUUGAGAGACAAGACAGAGUCACCUGUUUGUUUUUGUUAUGAAAAAACAAAAACAAACCGUUGACAGUUUCUGCCCUGAUAGGAUGAGGAGUGGGAAUGGAUGAAUGAAUGUGCUUCACUUUUUGCAGUGUGUCCUUGUGUGACAAGGCGCAGGUUUAGGUAAACGACAUGAAGCCCAAAUGAGAGAAAUGAGCGUGAUGAAGAGAAAAGAUUAGCACCUUGUUUUUCUAUGUUUGCACAGCUUUACUAAAGACACCCAACAAAAAAGAGGGAGAUGAUAUAUAUAUAUAUAUAUAUAUAUAUAUAUAUAUAUAUAUAUAGAAAAAAGUUUGCUUUGACUUCUUUUAGCCGUGGGGUCCACCUGUGCGAUGAGCACCGUCCCCAGUCUGGAGGACAAAUAGGAGCGCAUCGGCAGCUGAUUCAUGGGGAAGGGGGACAAAUGGAGAAGGGAUCUUGCCAUGUCUGUUGCAUUCCAAAAAAAUAAUCUCCCCCAGCUCAGCCAUGUUUCCAUGCAGGAGGAGCGGGAGGGGAGAGCAGGGGAGGGGGAAUCAGAGCAGGCCUCUCCCUCUCUGUGGUCCUUUAAUGCCCUUUAGGGAUAUGAUUAUAAUAGAGUAUGGUGUUAUCGUGGGUAGGACGCUCGGAGAGGCGGCAGUUUAAUGUGCAUGCGCGCGUGUCGGCGUGCGUGCGUGUGUGUGUGCGCGUGGCAGCCACAGGGUCCCUCUGGCCACAUCAUCAGUGUGUGAGUCAGCCCCGGCCUGUUCAAACAUGCACCUUGAGCUGCCAGCCUCAAUGUACUUCUCUCCAAACACACUCAGCCCAAGACACCAGCAUGCACAAGUUUAAUUUCCACCUACUUCUCGACCGGGGAUAGGCUAUUGUAACACUUUUUUUUUUUUUUGUAUUGGGGAGAGGCUGGGCACCAGUGUUGGCGUAGCUCCUUCAAUCAAUCGACAGCGCCUCUGCUGGUUGUAGCCAAGUCGUGCACUCCAUUUUCCCUCCACUGCCUUCCGCCCACGUGCAGCUGUGAUAGGCUCCAGCCCCCCCCCCCCCCCCCCCCCCCACUUCUCCUGUCCUUAAUUGCACCUUCUCUGAAACAAGGCAGGUUCAGAAUGCACUUUGUUACUCCACGUGAGGGCACUUUGUCAACAAAACGGGUACUUUUAAGUAAAAAAAAUAUAUAUAUAUAUACAUAUAGUUGCAAAUGAGAUCGUCCCUCUGUGGUAAAUUUAAGACUCCUUUUUUUUUUUUUUUUGAUUUAACGACAAAGCUGCCAAACAUACAAAAUCUGGACUUUGAGCGCUCUGAAAGAGGGGCUUAGUUUUGUGACCUUAUUAUACGAGAUGAAUUAAUGUAACUGAUUGCACUUGAAGUCAGCCGUUGGUGAGCUGUAUAUGUGUCUUAACGGUAGAGAGGGGGCAGAAAAAGUGUGUUUCGUGUUCCGUUAGACUUUCGAGGAUCUCGGGACAAGCUAAACAAACAUCGCUGCUAAGUUGGCGGUGAUAACGGGCCCAAUCGUUGUAAAACACCUCGUCGGACAGUCGCUUGUUUACUUCACAGCUCUCUUGGCGCACGUUUGCAUGAAUCCUGGUUUACCCUCGCUUGUCGUUAUCGGCGGCUGUUCCGGGCCUCGAGAGUGUGCUUUUUAUUUAUUUUUGUUGGCGCCCAUGGUUGUCGUAUAAAGACAAGGUUGAUAAUUGCACUGUUCAGAGCAAUGUGAGCUGAUGUCUGUACCGUCUUGAGUAGUAUGGACCCUAAACAACCUGUGAGUCAUCUAAACCUGUGCAUUUGAACCUGCAUAUUCCUCCUAUGGUCUUUGUGCUCUUAUACUGGCACUCUUUGGUCCGGAGAACUGUAGUCAAUUCUACUCCCUAAUCAUUGAAUUCGAACCACAUCAACAAGUUGCGAAACAAACUCAAUUGUCGUUGAAAAACCUUGAACGGAAAAGAAACGGUCACUCGAACUGGUAAUUAGGUGUGACCCUAAACAAACAAUACAGGUAGCAUCUGUGUGUUUUAGCACUUUGGCUGAUGGCAGCACGUUUUAAUUUGCUCAAAAUUUCCCCUAAAAAGUGCAUUGUUCCAAAAUUGGCCGUAUACAGUGGUACCUCAACUCGAGUCUUUUGAGGUAAGAGCUGUCUUUGGGUUAAUGGUUCUGCUUCAAGUUCAACGCAAUAAUUCGAGAUAUAAGCAUUCCUGUAGUCAAAACCCGGUCUUACCAACAGCUUGUAGCUUGUAGCUAGAGAUCGACAUGACUGUUUUACAACCAACAGAACGAAGAAAGUGAGUGUGAUGGACGGUACUGAGAAGUAGAAGCGCUGUUGAUUGCAGAUACAAGUGUUUUAGGUUAAGAGCUCCGUUAAGCUUGUGAAUUGAGGUACAACUGUACUUACUAAAAACAGUUUCCACUAUGUAAUGUUCAUCAGUUUGGAAAGAAACCGAAACCAACUUGACUUUAGCUGAGACCAGAAAGCCAAGAGUGAAAGCACCCUGAUGUGAACCUGUCCCCUCAUUGGCCAGUUUUAAGUAGUCCAAACUGGACCUUCUCCGUUUGUUUGUUUUUUACUGUUUCUUGUGCGAAAUAGAUUAUUCACAUGUUGUGAAGUAUUUUUUGACUUUGCUUGAACACGUCUGUGUGAGUGAUGAGUGCAUGCGCCGGAAAAAGGGGGUGAUGUUUUGGGGGCGGGGCUCCGGAAACCGGUGCCUGGGUGGGUGUCUGUGAUUUAAAGCCUGAUAGCACUGGAAGUGGUGCUUUUAGCUGACCGUGGCGCAAACAUUUGCACUAAUUUUAAAUGUUUUCAUCCUGCUUUUGGGUUGUUUUUUUCAUGUCCACUCGGGUCAGCCACCCCUUCCCCGUAGAAAUAGUUAUCAAUCAACAUGAACUAAUUAAUACCAAAGGACACAAGACAUGUUAGGGUAGCAAUCAAUGUGUGUUUUGUUUUGUAGAGGUUUCCAAGUAUCCACCAUUGGAGACGUAAGAAUGUAGCAAGGCGUCUGACGACAAACAUUCGAAAUAUUUGGGUGGCUGUGAAGGUCGUGGCGUGUACAAAGAUAUCAAACCAAGACAUGAUUUAUUUAUUUAUGUUCAGUUCAGCUGAUAAACCCAAUUUAUUCAUUCCAUCAGGCUGUGACUGUGUGUGUGCUUAUGUGCAAUUUGGAUCUGCAGCUUACUCCUAACAGAUGGGCCCAGUUUAACCAAACCUGUGCUUUUACCACACAGCACCCUGUUUUCUCAGGGCAUUCCACCUACCGCAACUGGACUGUUCAGUUCGUCUCUGAAGACCCAAUUCCUCUUAUCCGAGCAGGCUUCCUCAAUUCAUGUUCAUAGACUUAGAUUGGUCACGUCUAGACUAAAUACUAAAUCUGAGCAAUCGAGUGAGAGACAAACUGAACAGUCCUGUUCCAACGCAUCAUGCUCAUAGACUUGGAUUGGUCAGAUCCAGACUAAAAACUACAUCUCACCAGUCUAAGUCCUGCAUGGAUGAGAGGAGAAAUGUAUUUCGAUAGGUAAUGCUUGUAGACUUGGACUGGUCAGAUCUAGACUAAAUACUAGAUCUGAGCAAUUUAAGUUCUGUUUGAGUGAGAAAGAAAUUGAAAACAGUCCAGCUCCAAUGGAUCAUGCUCAUUGACUUGGAUUGAUCAGAUCUAGACUAAAUACCACAUCUGACCAAUCUUACGUCCUGCUUGGAUGGCAGGCGAAACGCCUUCCAAGACAAAAUUAACAGUCCAGUUGCGAUAGAUAAUUCUCGUAGACUUAGAUUGGUCCGAUCUAGACUAAAAACUACAUCUGACCUGUCUGAGUCCUGCUUGGAUGAGAGCCGAAACGUCUUUCAAUAGGUAAUGCUCGUAGACUUUGAAUGGUCAGAUCUAGACUAAAUACUAUUGAUUGAUUGAUACUUUUAUUAGUAGAUUGCACAGUUCAGUACAUAUUCCGUACAAUUGACUACUAAAUGGUAACACCCGAAUAAGUUUUUCAACUUGUUUAAGUCGGGGUCCACGUUAAUUCAUGAUAGCUCUGAACAAUUUAACUCCUGUUCGGUUGAGAGAUAAACUGAACAGUCCAGUUCCAAUGGAUCAUGGUCAUAGACUUGGAUUGGUCAGAUCUGGAUUGAAAACUACAUCUGAGCAAUCUAAGUCCUGUUCGGAUGAGAGGUGAAACGCCUUUGAAGACAAACUAAAUCGUCCAGUUGCAAUUGAUCAUGUUCGUAGACUAAAUAAGAGAUCUGACCAGUCUAAGUCCUGCUCGGAAGAGAGGCAGAGCGUCUUCUAAGACAACCUGAACAGUUAAGUUUUUAGGGACUGAAUGUCCUGAGAACACCAUGACCUGGAUGAAUGCGAACAGCCAUAGACCAACACCCUGUUUAGUUUUUCCUGCCCAUGUUUCCAGACCAAACUCGACGAGCUGAUCGGCUCAUUAGCGACAUUACCCAGCGGACAUCUUAAGCUUUACUUGAAUUAAUUUAUUAUUAUUGUUAUUCUUACAUUCUUUGUCGAGUUGCGCAUCCCCCGCUUUAUCACGACUCCCUUUUUUUUUCCACCCCCACCAACCCCCGAACGAACCUUGACGUCUGUUUCUGUUCUCUUAUCAAACGUGUCUGCUGAAUAUAUCUGAGAAGCCAUAAAAGCAGAUGACCAACAACAACGAUAAGGAUUAAUCAUCCCAAAGAAAGGCGAGACAAGGUCACUGUUAUGGGGAUUUGUGGCGGCAGACGCUCGGCAAGCGCACUGGGCCAGGGGUUGACGAUUACUAUUACUGGGGCGUUUGUGGCGCUUGUGCAGGUCCUGAGGACGGACGGGGGUCUCAAACUCAGUUUGGAUGGGUGAUGCUGGGCCUGAGUAUUCCCUUCAGAAUCACGUGACUAAAUUUGUAAAUUUUUCGGCAGAAAUGUCAAAUUGAAUGUAAAAACGGUAUAUUUUGAAAGGGUUCACCGUGAGGUGGUCAGUAAACAUUCCGCUUGCUUAAAGCAAGUUGCUCCUUGUAUUGACCAAUGUGUGUGUUGUGUUGUCAAAUAUCAGGCUGCAAUUACUCAACUAUCAUGUUAAAUAGACGGCCACAAAAUAUGGGUCAGUGCAGUUUGAGACCCUUGCUCUAAUCCAGUGGUUCUUAACCUUUUUGGAGGUACCGAACUCCACCAGUUUCAAAUGCGCAUUUACCGAACCCUUCUUUAGUGAAAAAAAUAUAUAUAUAUAUACAAAUAUGUCUUGAUUGGAUUAUCCAGAGAAUAGUGCUCAAUACCGUGGUAGAGCGCAAUAUGUAUGUGUUGCAAAAAUCACAAGACUACUUCCUCCCUACAGAACUGUAUCAUGAGGGGUUCCCUCAAUCAUCAUGAGAUUUUUAACUCUUAAACUUAACUAUUAAAUCUCCUGAUGAUUGAGGGAACCCCUCAUGAAACAGUUCUGUAGAGAUAAGGUAGUCUUGUGAUUUUUCCCACACCUACUUAUAUAUACAUUUUUGUAGGUGUGGGAAAAAUCACAAGACUACUUCACCUCUACAGAACUGUUUCAUGAAUAGCUCUGAAUAGCUGAAAAAAAAAAAUCUGAUGAUUGAGGGAACCCCUCAUGAAACAGUUCUGUAGAGGUGAAGUAGUCUUGUGAUUUUUCCCACACCUACUUAUUGCGCUCUACCACGGUAUCGAGCACUAUUCUCUGGAUAAUCCAAUCAAGACAUAUAUAUACAUAUAUAUAUUUUUCAAAUUCAAGACUAAAGUUAUAUGUUUUUGGUAACACUUUAGUAUGGGGAACAUAAUCUAAGUAACAAAGACUUAAUUUAGAGUUAUUUGGACACUAAGGGAACAUAGUAAUAAAGACUUCAUUUAGAGUUAUUUGGUUAGGGUUAGGGUCAUGGUUAGAGGGUUAGGGUUAUAACAAGGCCAUGCCGAAUAAGGCAUUAAUAAGAACUUAAUAAUGACUAGUCAAGAGCCAUUGUAGUACUAAUUUACAUGUUAAAAAGCACCUGACUAAUGGUGAAUAUGUUCCUCAUACUAAAGUGUUACCAUGUUUUUUUUACUGGAGCACAAAAUGAACGGUGCGUGAACAUUUGUUCAGACAAAAAAACCAACACAGUGCAUAAACUCACAACAAAUUACACACCUGCAAAUCAGCUGUUGGCCUAUCCGUAAUACGCCGAUAGGGAGAAGUUUGUAUUCAUACGAUGAGUCGGGUGUGUUUUGACCUCCGCCGAACCCCUGAGACCGACUCACCGAACCCCUAAGGUUCGAUCGAACCCAGGUUAAGAACCACUGCUUUAAUCAUAACGUGAGGGGGGAGGGGGGGGCACCUCCAGGUCCUAGUUAAAGGGAGGGCACCCCCUAAGACCAUCCUCAGUUUCUUACAAAAGUAGCCAUCCCCCAAGUCCUGAGUAUAUUUGCACUUGAUGGUUUUCCUUCCAAAUGUUCCAAUACGGGUGCGAGGAGGCUGUUUGAGGCGCUUUUCAGGGACGGGGUAGCCCACGCGCGGUUCCUUCAUGUCGCACGUCUCCUUUUUUGCCUCAUUUGCAAGAACUUCUCAGGUGGAAAGAUAUAUAUAAAUACACUGCUAUGCAUUAGCUUGCUUUCUUUGUGAUCAUGCCUUCCUCUCAAUGACUUUCCUUGCUAGCGAUCACACACACACUUGGGUGAAGGAGCCAUAGGCACUUUGUUGAUACGUCUUACAUGAUUUGGUACAUUUCCCAUCAACCAUCGCGGGACACAUUCCAUAUCUUCAUACUGUGAUCGGCCCGUUCAUACUCCGCAGACGACCUUUGACUUCUCAGCUUCUGCGAUUGUAAAAAUUAGCACUUUGUGGAAAAAAAAGGCCAUCCUCACCUGUGUAUGUUUGUGCGCUUUUUUUUCUUUUUUUUUUUUUUUUUUACUUUUCUUGUCGCUUUGUCUCCUAAAUUCCCCUUUUGAGAAAUGAAACUUGAAUAGUUGCAGGAAUGUGGUGCAAAAAAAAAAAAAAAACACCCCAAAAAACUGCCUCACGUCUCCGAAAGAUGGAUGCCAUAUUUUGCAUAGACUAAUGGUGGUUGUUGGGAGAAAAUUAAUCUUGUUUUUCAGUUUAGAGAUUUUUGACUUGAGUUAAUGGUUUAACCUGGGAUAGACUAUUUGGGGUUAUUGUGAGCGUCUUCUGAGGGGCUUAAAAGUGUCACAAUAUUUCCCAACACUCAAACUGGGAUGUUAAACUAACACACAGAGUCACCUCGGGCACCCAACUGAUGCACUUGUAGCUGUAAUCAUGUGACCAAAUUGUCUCGCUAAUUUAUUGGGAUUCAAUAAUAACUGACAACGUGAAGCAAAAGUUUCUUUGCCCAAUGUGACUUUUGUGUUUUUACAAAAUUGUUAGCUCCACAAGCAGUUGUCUUUUUGGGAGAAUUUGCACUUUUUUGGUGAUAAAGAUCAAGAAAAAGUAUAUAUGUGUGUGUGUGUGUGUGUGUGUAUGUAUACAUAUAUGUAUGUUUAUACAUAUAUACACCCACACACACACAAAAAACCACUACAUCCAUACACACAGUCAAAAUCAUGUAAUUCCAUGUUGUCCUUUUUUUUUUUUCUUUUUGAAUAUAUCCAAAAAUGUCUGGCAUCUGGUUGUCUGGUUCAAAGAAUAUACAAAUAUUUCUAUUAAAAAAACAAUGGUUGCAAAA